CGGCGCGGCUGCCUCUCCUCCAGUUUUCCGGCCGUUUUCAGUCGCCCCCCUAAUAAAUACCCAAACCAUUCUCGGAGACCCAGGGAACUCGAACUCCUCCGGCCCCAGUCCACCCCCACCUCCACCCCCGAUGGAGCUCCUGAGCGGGCCGGCGCUGGCGUGGCAGCAGUACCGCUCCCUGCUCCGCAAGAACGCGGCGCUCGCCUGGCGCCACCGGCGCUCGUCGGCGCUGCAGCUGCUCUCCUCCCUCCUCUUCAUCUUCCUCAUCUUCUGCAUCGACCGCGCCGUCCGCUCCCGCUUCUCCUACACCACCGCCUACCAGAACGUGCGCGACCCCAAGGCGCUCGUCGCGCCGCCCAUCCCGCCCUGCGAGGACAAGUUCUUCGUCAAGACCCCCUGCUACGACUUCCUCUGGAGCGGCGGCGGCAGCGCCCGCGUCUCGGCGCUCGUCGACGCCAUCCGCAGGAACAACCCCGGCCGGACGAUCCCCGCCGAGAAGGUCUUAGGUUUUAGCACUCCAGAUGAAGUCGAUGCUUGGCUAUUUGCAAACCCGAUGCGCUGCCCUGGCGCUUUGCAUUUUCAAGAUAUAAAUGCCAACCAGAUGUCGUAUGGUAUUCAGACAAACUCCACUCCAGUAGCUCGAAGAGGAACAUAUGAGGACCCCACCUUCAAGUUCCAGAUACCGCUUCAAGUUGCAGCUGAGAGAGAAAUGGCAAGGCUGAUUCUUAGAGAUCCAAAUUUUAGCUGGACUGUGGGAUUCAAGGAAUUUGCUCACCCAGCAACUGAAACCUUCUCUACAAUUGCCCAAGCAGGGCCAACUUUCUUCCUUGCCAUUGCAAUGUUUGGAUUUGUUUUCCAAAUCAGUGCCUUGGUUACAGAGAAAGAACUUAAACUUCGUCAGGCUAUGUCUAUCAUGGGUCUCUAUGAAUCGGCUUAUUGGUUAUCAUGGCUUACCUGGGAGGCCUUGCUUACAUUACUCUCAGCACUUUUCACGGUGCUCUUUGGGAUGAUGUUCCAGUUUGACUUCUUCCUGAACAAUAGCUUUGGAAUCUUAUUCAUCCUAUUCUUCCUCUUCCAACUGAACAUGCUUGGUUUUGCUUUCAUGAUAUCCACAUUUGUAGCAAAAGCAGCAUCAGCUACUACUGUUGGAUUUGCAAUAUUCAUCAUUGGAUUCUUGACACAGCUUGUUACAACCUUCGGGUUCCCAUAUUCAAAUACCUAUGAGGCGUACUACCGGACAAUAUGGUCCUUCUUUCCUCCUAAUGUUUUUGCCCAAGCCCUCAAUAUUCUAGGUAAGGCAACAGCAACUCCAGAAGACAAAGGUAUUAGCUGGAACCAGCGUAAAACGUGCCAAUCCUUUGAGACGGACUGCGUCAUUACAGUAGAUGACAUCUACAUAUGGCUCAUCUCCACAUUUUUCUUGUGGUUUAUCCUGGCGAUCUACUUCGACAACAUAAUUCCAAAUGUCAAUGGUGUUAGAAAGUCAGUGUUUUACUUUCUGACGCCUUCAUACUGGACAGGGAAAGGAGGCAAGAUGCGAGAGGGAGGCCUUUGUAGCUGUUUUGGUUCGAACCGGCCGGCUGAUGAUGCUAGCCCUACUGAUGAGGAUGUUCUUACCGAGGAAAAUCUAGUAAAAGAACAAGCUGCAGGCAAUGAGGUAGAUCCUGGUGUUGCGGUUCAAAUACACGGCUUGCGGAAAACCUAUCCAGGAAGUUUUAAUAUGGGUUGCUGCAAGUGCAAAACAACUAAGCCAUUCCAUUCUGUCAAAGGCUUAUGGGUUAACCUUGAGAAGGACCAGCUAUUUUGUCUUCUUGGCCCAAAUGGAGCUGGUAAAACAACUACAAUCAGUUGUCUGACUGGUAUCACACCAAUUACCGGCGGCGAUGCUUUGAUUUAUGGUCAUUCCGUUCGAAGCUCUGCGGGUAUGUCUAAUAUUCGCAGAAUGAUUGGAGUCUGUCCGCAGUUUGACAUCCUAUGGGAUGCAUUGACGGCUAAGGAGCACAUGGAGUUGUUUGCCAGCAUCAAGGGGUUGCCAUCAUCAACAAUCAAGUCGGUAGCAGAACAGUCACUAGCCCAAGUGAAGCUCAGCCAGGCAGCUAAUGUUAGAGCAGGUAGCUACAGUGGUGGAAUGAAACGGCGGUUAAGUGUUGCGAUUGCUCUAAUUGGUGACCCAAAAUUGGUGUUUCUUGAUGAGCCGACAACUGCGUAA